UGCAUAAACGUGUGCUCGUAUUUGUCUCUACCUCAUUUCCUCUUACAACCAAGUGAUGGUGGCCAGGGUGAAAGACUUGAAAGAUUAUUGCACGUAUCCCUUUAAGUACUAAAGUCCACCCCUGGGGUUCGGCAUUCACACAAGCCCCCUCGGCAUGGAUACAUGCUGUGACACAUCAGCCAAUGGAUGGACAGAAGUAUGUCUUUUACCUCCAUUACCCUUGCAGGUACCAACCAUGACAAAAUGCAUAGUAAAGGGUUGUCGGAACUCAAGUCGGAAAAACAAACGUGACCUUGGAGUCACUUUGCAUGGGUUUCCUUGUUCUAUUAAGAGGAUAAAGUUAUGGCUUCAGCAAAUUGGACAAGAUUGUGGUAACCUUGAUUCCUAUGCGCAGAAAAUUCUUGAUACAAGAAAGAGGAAUAUUUUUCGAAUCUGUUCUGCUCAUUUUGAACCUGAAAGUUAUAUCUGUCAAGGUAUGAAAUUGGUUCUUAGAGCAGAUGCAAUUCCAACUAUUUUCCCGGCGAGCAACUGCAGGGCAGUCAGUAAAGGUAACAUUGUUUUCCCACUUUCCAAGAAAUUUAAACGUAAGGCUGAUACUGUACAAACAUCUCAUAAAAAUAUGAACCAGUCUGGAACAAAUCAAACUAAUGAAGAAGAAGAAGAAGCUAUAACGUAUGCCAUCCGUGAUUAUAUGUUGAAGAAUACAUGGAAGCUGACAUCUAAAAAAAUGGUGGAUGCCUCUACUUCCACAGAUCCUGAAUACUUCACUACAAAUCAAGGUGUACAGUGUUCUGAAGAUGAAUUUAGUUGUGCUAGACAACCACAGAAGAUAAUGCAAAGCUCUUUUACCACUAAUGUCUGUAUUCCAAUAUUACCUAAAGAAGAACCAAGAUGGGAUCCAGCAUACAAGGAGGGACCUACUAACAUUGAUGGCACUGUCUUUCUGCCACUGAAUAAGGUUCACCAUCAAGUAGAUGAUUGUUUGAAUUGUGCAAAGUCACAAUGCACAUCUUCCACGACAAAUAUAACAUUAACUGCACCAAAAGUAAUAAAGCUUGAGUCUGAUUCAGAAAGUUCACCUAUAACUAAAACAAAGAGCUUCAUUAAGAGAGAUGUUUCAGAGGCUGCGAUGGCACAUGAAAGAAAGUUUAUUGUUUUUGAAUCUUGCUUAGAUGAUCUUUUCCUAAAACUAAGCUGUGGUUCUGGAAAUGGCUGUCGCGCACAUAUAACUGAACUUGAGAAAUAUGUUGAUGGCACUUUUUUGUCAGUCUUUGGGCACUGCCAUAAUGGACACCGAUUCCACCUAUGGCAUAGCCAACCUGUAAAUGGACAAGUUGCUGUUGGAAAUCUUCUAAUGGCAGCUGCUUUGCUCUUUAGUGGCUCUAACUUUCCUAAGGUAAAAGAGAUGAAUAAAUUGUUAGGCCUUCAACAGAUAAGUGCAGAGACCUACUAUGACUACCAGCAAAGCUAUUUGUUUCCAACAGUUGAUGUACACUGGCAGCAAGAAAGACAACGUCUUAAGGAUGCUUAUAUUAGCAGCCCUUUGUCCCUUGCUGGGGACUGCCAGAAAAAUAUUCCAGGUCACUCCACAGAGUACUGCAACUACACUCUUAUUGACGUUGCCACUAAAAGAAUUCUGGAUUUUCAAAUUGAACAGACAUCUGAGAGAACUCCUUCCGUUGCUGCAGAGAAGUUGGCUUUCAAGACCUGUUUAAACAGAAUAUUAGAAGAACAGUUUGAUGUCAAAGCUGUUGCUACUGACUGUGACCCUAGGAUAAAAAAAAUUAUGAGAAAAAAAUAUGGCUACCUUAAGCAUGAAUAUGAUGUAUGGCUGUAUGCUCGUAUUCUGAAACAACACCUGAAAUAUCUAAGCAAGAGAAGAGCAUGUCCUGAACUUGAAAAGUGGAUUCCUGCCAUUACAAGCCAUUUAUGGUGGGCCGCCAAAACCAGCCAUGGAAAUACAGAUUUGCUGCGUGAGAGGUGGCAGUCUUUACUCCUACACAUUGUAAAUCAACAUACAUGGAAGGGCUCGAUAUUCUGCUCAGCUUGCACCCAUCGGCCACUAGCAGCCAGGGAACAAACGUCCUGCCCUUGGCUGAAAAAAGGAACUUCAGCACUGUACUCAUUAAGGCAAGUGAUAAUGAAUCCUCGCGUGACUAAUGAUUUGGUUCAUUUAUCACAGUGUUCACAUGCUGAGGAAAUUGAGAUGUAUCACAGAUUUGUUUUUAAAUAUCGCCCAAAGUAUAUGCAUUUGAAAAUGGAUGCCAUAGAAGCAAUGACAAAGCUGGCAGCUUUGGCUUACAAUGCAAAUAUACACAACCAGAAAUUAAGGUGUUUUUCAGCAAUAAAAGGAAAAGGAGUCUUUGGCACAGUGACACAUGUCCGCAAAUGCAGACUUGCCAAACCCGUGUACCACGACGCCUCCAGCGAACAUGUUAUACCUAUGAUGACUGAUGUAAUUAAAAUAUCUACAGGUAAGCUACAGCACAGCUGGUUUUCUCGGGUUACCACUGCCCUUUCACCUUAACCCACAUAGUGCAGUGGCUGAUGAAGGACAUUGGACUUGGACAUGUGCAAAGCCAUGAGCUGCCGCUUAAAAUGUAUUAAUCAUAAACUAGUCUUUUUGUAAUAAAGUGUAGAAAAACACCUGUUUACUUCUAUCCAAAAAAGAGAGAUCCUUAAACCCAUAUGAGUUAAGGACCAUUUACUAAUGUGAAAUGCAUUUUGAUAAAAGGAACUAGUAAGUCAAUAUCAAUAAAGCCCACAUGCUGCUGGUACAUGAAAAUUAUUUUUAAUCACAGCAGGAUUUUCAUUAAGUUUAGUAAAGUCGUUUUAUAUGCCCCCUUAAAUUAUAGGACUUUAACAAUAUUCCUGCCAGUGAUCUGGCUAGAUUAUCUGCUCUUUGGGAAAUCGUUGCUAGGUAGCACAUUAUUCUCAUAGUAACCUUAAAGGACAAGGAAAGUUAAACUAAAGUAGCAGCUAGAAAUUUUGGGCUUCUGUACCAACCCCAGGCAACCACAGUCCUUAAGCAGUAAAGAUGUGUCUCCAAAGAUGCCCCAGUAGCUCCC